AUGAAGGAAAUGACGAGCGAUUAUCUAUCUAUCUAUCUAUCUAUCUAUCUAUCUAUCUAUCUAUCUCAGUUUGUAUGUAUGUAUAUAUCUAUAUCAGUUUAUAUGUAUGUAUGUAUCUAUAAAUUCCAUUCUGUUCAUAUCUAUCUAUCUAUCUAUCUAUCUAUCUAUCACAGUCUGUUCAUUAUCUAUCUAUCUAUCUAUCUAUCUAUCUAUCUAUCUAUCUAUCUAUCUAUCUAUCACAGUCUGUCUGUUAUCUAUCUAUCUAUCUAUCUAUCUAUCUCAGUUUUUUAUAUGUAUGUAUGUAUCUAUAAACUCCAUUCUGUUCAUGUAUCUAUCUAUCUAUCUAUCAUCUAUCUAUCUAUCUAUCUAUCUCAGUUUAUAUGUAUGUAUGUAUCUAUAAAUUCCAUUCUAUUCAUAUCUAUCUAUCUAUCUAUCUAUCUAUCUAUCUAUCUAUCUAUCUCAGUUUAUAUGUAUGUAUGUAUCUAUAAAUUCCAUUCUGUUCAUAUCUAUCUAUCUAUCUAUCUAUCUAUCUAUCUAUCUAUCUAUCUAUCUCAGUUUAUAUGUAUGUAUGUAUCUAUAAAUUCCAUUCUGUUCAUAUCUAUCUAUCUAUCUAUCUAUCUAUCUAUCUAUCUAUCUCAGUUUAUAUGUAUGUAUGUAUCUAUAAAUUCCAUUCUGUUCAUAUCUAUCUAUCUAUCUAUCUAUCUAUCUAUCUAUCUAUCUCAGUUUAUGUAUGUAUGUAUCUAUAAAUUCCAUUCUGUUCAUAUAUCUAUCUAUCUAUCUAUCUAUCUAUCUAUCUAUCUAUCUAUCUAUCUAUCUAUCUAUCUAAGUCUGUCCAUAUCUAUCUAUCUAUCUAUCUAUCUAUCUAUCUAUCUAUCUAUCUAUCUAUCUAUCUAUCACAGUCUGUUCAUUAUCUAUCUAUCUAUCUAUCUAUCUAUCUAUCUAUUUUGUUCUCAAUUUUGUUCCAGCAGGGAUUGA